AUGGGGGCUGACAUUGAAGUCAUGCCGGAUAACUUUUAUACUUCAAAAAAAAAAAAUUAAAAAUUAAAAAAUCACCAAGUAUUGAUACUCAAAUAGUUAGGAUGAGAUUCUGGUAUACGGUGUACCUCUGUUGAUAGACUUUCUUUGGCUUUCGUGGCAGGAUUUACAAGGAAAUAUUGGCUCUAAAGAAUUCAUGUGGCAGAUUCUCAUGGUAACUUUGAAGGUCUAAGCGAAAGAUUAAGCUUUAACAAUGGUUUCUUUGUACAAAUUUCCAGAGUCAAUGUGAUUGGUAAAAGCUGUAGAGAAAUAGCAUUGUGGUCACCGGCGUAUGGUCUCUCUGAGGACCUGAUUGAAUACAAGGAAUUGGGGAUGGGAGUUUUGAAGGUUUAGAGGGGAAACUGAGUUUAAUUUAUUGGCCUGUUGGUGAGCAAACUGUUACAAAGGCAUGGACUUUAGCCAGUUCUAAGAAAUCUUUGAGGAUAGGGGUUCCGGCAAUAAGGUGUUUGAUCAAGACAGAAAUGAAACUUCUUUCAGUGGAUUGAUGUAUUUGAGGUUGCAGUUGAAGCAACUGGCUUCUAAUAUGUGCACGUUCCCUAGUCCCUACUAUGGUUCAUAUGAUGAAAUGGUGGCAGUAGUUCACAAUAUGAAGAAACGAUUGGAAGCAAUCUAUCUCGACUUGUGCUCAUAUCUUGGUUAUGUGUAUACACCUGUAGCAGCAUAUUUUACUGCUAUCUCGAGUUUGAUGCUUGCAUUCCCGAAGUUCCAUCCAUCUGUUCUAGAUGUCGAAUAUCUUCUUAGGAUGAAUGCUCCAGUCAGAUCCAAUGGGAAUUCCUUCAUUGUUCGAUACAUGAUUAAUGUUUUACAUUUGAAACUGUAGAAUAUUGAUAGGCCUCCUAUUAGAUAUACUUAUUCUAGAAGGAUCAAGAAAACUGCGGAGAGCUAAUUGGCAGGAAGCAGCAAGUGGCAGCAACCAAUUCUGAUUCUGGUAGAUGAACAAAACUCUUAUAACAGAAUUAGUUGCGAGAGGAUUAUAAAAAGGGAAUAGGAGGAACCUGUGAAGGAGGAGAGUUUGAGUAGUAAAGAGUGUGGAGAGACUAGCCUUCUCGAAUGGUUAUGUGUUUUCUUUGCAUCACUGUCAUUUCCUUUUAUCAAUAAAGAGUAUUCCAUUUUCCUUAUUAUUUCAGCUAACAUUCAGUGGUUUAUUUACAGCACCUGAAGAUCAUCAUCGACUUUAGGAAAAUUCUAGAUUUGUGUGGGUUAUUCAUCUCAUUUCUUGGACCUUUUUCUUUAAGGAAACUAAAGAAUAAUCUAGAAGAAAAAUCAGGAAUUGAAGACCACCGCCAUUCUAGAUAAAUCCUUUACCGCAAUAUUGGAAGAAGCUAGAAGGAAGCCACUGACUUUUGUGUAGAAAAAGAAGCCGAUGACCUUGCAAGUAUGUGUGUGUGUGUGUUGAGUAUAUGCAUGUAUGAUGAGAGUGAAGUAAGAAGUGUGUCAAAUUAGAGUGAGAAUUUAGUAGGAAGAGAGAGGCAGCAUAUUGAG